AUGAACAUCCUAUUUCGGGAUGCAUACACCUGCUUGAAGCUGCAAACUAAGGACCUUAGUCUGGUACCUUACUCGGUUACUGGAUUCAAUGGUUCUGCAACGUACCCAGAUGGGAAGAUCACUCUUCCCGUUACCAUCGGCAAAGACCUAGCAGCUAGGAACAUUAUGGCUGAAUUCCUGGUCAUGGACGUUACAUCUGUCUACAAUGUGAUCAUGGGAAGACCUAUGAUUCACCAAAUCCAAGGAGUGGUCUCCAUAUAUCAUCAGUUAAUGAUAUAUGUGUCGGACGAAGGUCACUUCAAAAGAAUUCAAAGGAGCCAAGAAGUUGCCCACAAAUGCAGCUACCUCAAGCCAUCCAAGGACCGUCGCGAAGACCGAGAUGAUGAGGAUAAAGAAAGAGAGAAGGACCGAAUCACCAAGAAGCAGAAGGGGUUAAGUGCUUUGGCCUAG